AUGGUUCUAACUCCCCUCUCGGAAGCCGCUCGGAACUCUCCCCACACGUCGGCCACCAUUCAGAAGCCUGGAGGUCUGGAACAGGCGUACUCUGGUCUCAGCGAUAGCGGCUGUCAUCUAGAUCUCCUCGAACAGCCUGCAAAAUUGCCGAGUCUAGCUUCCGUCUCUUUCGAACUCGAUUUCGUUCCUGUCGGCGCUGGUGUCUCCGGCAUCAACGCUGCGCAUCGCAUCCAAACCCAGUUCCCCAAUUUCAGCUACAUCAUCCUCGAAGCACGCGAUCAAAUUGGCGGAACAUGGGAUCUCUUCAAGUACCCAGGAAUCCGCUCCGACUCCGACCUGUACACUUUCGGUUUUCCCUGGCGGCUUUGGUCGAGCGAGAAGGCUAUCGCUGAUGGCCCUGCUAUCAAGAAAUACAUGGUCGAAUCGGCGAAGGAGUUUGGAAUUGACAAGAAGAUACUGUUUGGUCACAGACUUGUUUCUGCAGACUGGUCUUCUAAAAACAAAGUUUGGAGCUUGGACGUACAUGUUCGGGGUGGGGAGAGUAGGGCUGUGAGAGCUGGGUUUGUGCUGUAUGGCUCGGGAUAUUACGACUACGAGGAGCCGCUGAAAGCAGUUAUUCCAGGCUUGGAGAACUUCAAAGGCAAAGUCAUUCAUCCUCAGUUCUGGCCAGAAGACCUCGACUACACCAAUAAGCGAGUGUUAAUCAUCGGCAGCGGGGCCACGGCCGUGACGCUCCUCCCGGUCCUUGCGGAAAAAGCAGCAAGCGUGACAAUGCUCCAACGAAGCCCAACCUAUAUACUCUCCGCGCCGGCGAAAGAUGUGGGGAGCUGGGUCCGGAAUCUCCUUCUAUCGUAUAUCUUCUGCCGUGCAUUCCCAGCACUUGCCACGAGACUGAUCAAAGCCGAUACCGUGAAGCUACUGCCCGAACAUAUCAAGCAGGAUCCUAAUUUCAAGCCAGCUUAUAAUCCCUGGGAACAGCGGUUGUGUAUUUGUCCGGAUGGUGAUUUCUAUAAAGCGCUGAGGGAGAAUAAUGGGAAUGUCGCGACGGAUACGAUUCAGAGUGUCACGAGCACAGGGAUCAUGACAACCGGUGGAACACACCUGGAAGCUGAUAUCAUCAUCACGGCGACGGGGUUGAAGAUGAGAAUUGUAGGUGGUGCUCGAAUCAGCGUCGAUGGAACCGUGCUGAGGAUCUCGGUUAAAUUCAUUUGGAAAGGGACAAUGGUUCAGGAUAUACCUAAUACGGCAUUUCUCCUCGGCUACACGAAUGCGUCGUGGACACUAGGGGCAGAGGCAUCGAUCCAGCUUAUGUGUGGAGUGAUACGGUCGAUGAUCAAGCGAGGAACUUUGUCAGCGUGCGCGAGGGUUCAACCAGGUGUGGAGCUGAAGCCUAGGAGUAUGAUGAAUUUGUCGAGUACUUACAUCAAGGUUGGCGGAGGAAUUUUACCUAAAGCCGGAGAUGGAGGCCCGUGGUUGGCAAGAAGCAAUUAUUUGAGAGAUCUGUGGAAUGCGAAAUUUGGGGAUAUCACAGAGCUGGGUUAG